AUGAAGAUUGCCAUGUUGGUGGAAGACGUAAAGAAUCUUAAAGAGAAGGCUGGUGUCAACAUUCCUAUCGAUGUAGCUAACUCCAAUGAUCACAACUCCAUUGUGCAAGAAGAGGAUGAUGCUUCUAGCAAUGACUUGGAGAAAAAGAAGACGAUGGUGAAGCAGGAGCGUAAGACCAGUGAUGUGAAAAAUAAAGGGAAGAAAGCUGAAGUGCCAGUGAAGAAAGUGAAGAAGGAGAAAGCAAUUGUCAUCCCAGAACUAAAUGACAAAUCUAUUUCUUCAGGAGAUUGGAAGAAUUAUUUGGAGUGGGAAAAGAGUGAUAAGUGUAGACAAGUGAUGCAAGGACUUGCUUCAACUUUGGAGAAAGUAAAGGUCACACGAAAACCCCACUUGACAAAGACUCAACUAUGGCCGUUUGUAGGGAACUCAACUGUCAAGCGUAUAAUUACUGGUGUCACUCCAUCUACGGUGUCAUACGACCCAUUUGCUAAAGUUGAGUCACAGAAAUUGGUGAAAGUUAUGGACUUUGUUAAGCGAGAUUUGGAACAAGAGGAAUCUGGAUAUGGUGAGUUUUGCGCUCAGUUUUACUUAAAGAUAAUGGUGCCAAGAGAUGCGUGGCCAACAGAUAAGUACGGCUGGCUGUCUGACUCGGACAAGAAGAAGAUUGAGGUGUCAGAUAUGUACAUCAAGGCUUUCAAUGGAGAAUACCCGGAACAGUUUGUGACGGGGAAGAAGUGGUAUGAAGAUGUCGACACCUUGUUCCUCUGCCACCAUGUUAACGGAGACCAUUGGGUUGCUCUACGCAUUGAUUUACAGAAGUUUACAAUCCAUGUAUAUGAUAGUAUUCCGAGUGUGGUGAAGGAACAUGAUUUAAAAAAUAUUACCUCCAACACUUUCUCUACACCACGAGUAAGAAUGAUUUUCAUUAACUCAGCGUCAUGUUUUCUUGUUGCAAACCAGCGUGUCAUCAUUAGUCAGAUUGACUCUAGAAGGUGA